CCCAUGGUGCAGAUCUACGAGCUGGAGGAGCACAAAAUAGAGACGUGGAGAGAGGUUUAUCUGCAGGACUCCUUCAAGCCCCUGGUCUGCAUCUCCCCCAACGCCAGCCUCUUCGACGCCGUGUCCUCCCUGAUCCGCAACAAGAUCCAUCGUCUGCCCGUCAUCGACCCCGACUCGGGGAACACCCUCUACAUCCUCACCCACAAACGCAUCCUCAAGUUCCUCAAGCUCUUUAUCGCAGAGGUGCCCAAGCCCGAGUUCAUGGCGCGGACGUUGGCGGAGCUGCAGAUCGGCACCUACAGCAACAUCGCCGUGGUGGGCACGGGCACCCCCAUCUACGUGGCCCUGGGCAUCUUCGUGCAGCAGCGCGUCUCUGCGCUGCCCGUGGUGGACGACUCGGGGCGGGUGGUGGACAUCUACUCCAAAUUCGAUGUUAUUAACCUGGCAGCUGAGAAGACCUACAACAACCUGGACGUGACGGUGACACGGGCGCUGCAGCACCGCUCCCACUACUUCGAGGGUGUCCUCAAGUGUUACAAGCACGAGACGCUGGAAACCAUCAUCAACCGCCUGGUGGAGGCCGAGGUUCACCGGCUGGUGGUGGUGGAUGAGAGCGACGUGGUCAAAGGGAUCGUCUCCCUCUCAGACAUCCUGCAAGCCCUGGUCCUCCCACAGGGCCCCUGAGGUGGUGUGGGGGGGGGUUAAUUCCUCCCCUGGAGCCCCCCACUCUGCUCUCCUGCCACACUGUGCCCCCCUGGGCUGGCGGAGGCACCCGGGGCUGGACCCCACUCACCAGCAGCAUCCAGCAAUAACUCCCAGCCCUGGGGUGGUCCCCACUGCCCUUCCCUGGGUGGGGGGAGCCCACGGCCCCCCCUGCACCCCAAGGCCGUACAAGGUGCUGGGGGCAGCCCCCGACCCCCCUGGGGUCACCCACCUCCGUGCCAGGGCUGUUCCCAGUGCAGACCCUCAUCCCCGCCCCCUCUGCCCCCCCAGGGUUUCACUGGCUUUGGUGAAACCUCCUCAGCUCUCUCUGGCCCAGGGACCCCCCCCAGCCCCAGGGGUUCCCCCCGGGCCCCCCCAGGUCCCUCGGGCACAUCCGCACCCGCCACCGCUUCGUGUGUGGAAAAACCCCACAAAUAAACACAGACCUGGCACCA